GAUUUUUUUUAAAGACGCGACGAACAACGAUCGACGUUUCGGCUAAGCAUGGCUUCUUCAGCAUUGCUUGCAGCGUUAGCAAAUUUCGAACGCUGUGACAAUGAACUAGCAGAAUCUGUUUGGAAAACGCUAUUGGGUCCCCUCGAAGGCGAUAAAAAGCUCUCAAAGAAUGAGCUAGAAAUUCAUAGAAAACGACUAACUCCACUCGCCAUGACCAUGAUCAACCAAAACUUGGUGUCGUUUGGAAAACUGCACGAUCGUGCAGAAAGUCGAAACAAACUAGCCGAAGAUAGUGAAAUGAUAUCAUGCUUGAUUGAUACGUCCUUUUACGCACUCAAAGCUCUGCAUCUUCUGAACGACACAAAGACAGUCAAGCACUUGGAUGUCGAAAAGGCAAGAUCCAACCUAAUCACCAAACUUAUCAACAUUAGCCAGUAUGAGCGAGCUUUUCAAGAAUUAGCAUCGUUUCGAGCUCAUUUGGCCACCCUUAUUGGAGUCAGUUUAGAGACACGGCAACAAGAAGCUAAAUCUGUAGACAUUAAAGAUAAAAGCAUCUUAACUGAAUCCAUUAAUUCCCCGAGCACACCUUCAUCACCUCGAUUCAUGAAGCCAACUGCACGCCAACUCACAGCCGAAUUAUACAAGACUGUAGCAGUAAAUAAGACCAAGGAUUCGCUUUCGCAACAUGCGGAUCUCCUAUACCUUCCUAUGCAAGCAAACAUGAACAAUUUGUCCAUGGUGCGUCUUAUUCUAGCAAAUCAGUUGAACGCCAUUCGAUGCAUUGUAGAGAUGAAUGGUGGAGCCAAUAUACCUGAACUCUCUGACUUGCUGGAAAGGAAAGGAAGUUUUUUCGACUGGUGUCACCAUCUCGCGACGAUAGAUGAAGAAAAAGCUCAAGAACAGUUUGAAUACUUGUACCGACUUCUCUCAAAAGCAGCGAAAAGCAAUCAUUCAAUCACGAUUCCUCCCUUACAAGUACUAAAGCUACGUGUACAAAGUCUAUGUGCUGCCUACUUUUCAAAAAGAGCAAAAUUUGGUUAUAUAUGUGACCAGUUGGUGCGAAUUGGCGUUACUUUUGAAAAAGCCAGCAACCAAGUUCCUACACCCGUGAAAUUUCAAACUCUUCAGCAACACUGCGAGUACAUCUUGAAAUUCGUUGAACCAGCUGUCAAUGAUCUUGCAGGAAUGGACAACUAUUUUAUUUUAUGUGAAUAUUACGCCUAUGUGUCGCGAAAGAGCGGAAGCUAUCAAGGUUCAUUCUAUGCUUUCAAGCACAUGAUGAGACCAUUAAGAAUCGUCCUACAGGAUCCACAAAAUUGCCAGAGCUAUCAUCUCAUGUAUGCUGCGUCUGCCAAAAUGUCAUUAGCAUCAAUUCAACUCGAUAAAAUGAUAUCUUCCAAUGCCUAUGCUGAUAUCAAUACGACUUUGACCGAAAUCUCAUCCUGCAUCGAGUUUAGUGUUACGUCGCUGAGGAACAACGUGGAAAUGUCAAAGUAUACUGAGCAAGCAAUGCGAAAUCUUUGUAAAAGCGUAGACAACUUUCGUAAUAGCUGCAAUGCCAUGCAUGGGUUCUUGAGCAAAAAGAUGGAAGAAUCAAUAACACGACGAGAAAUUGAGCACGAUCCGUAUCAAACACCUCCACAACGAAAACACAUGCACCCAGAUGAGUUCGGUGAAUGGAAGAACAAUACUGCCAAUAUUUUUGAUUGCCUGAUCAAAUGUACAGAAUUGGUUCCCAUCUGUAUACGCAUGCUGUCAUCUAAGAAUACCGAUUUAUCAUUGCCUGGAGCAAAUACCGAUACCAUAUCGUUAGCACAUAUCGACGUUGUGUUAUUGUUAGCCAGAAUGGUAUUUCGCUUUGAUGACCCGGAAACUCAUGAGCGAGCAUUUCAAUUCUUGCGCAAGGCGGAAAUAUUCUGUAGUUCUAAUGGAUUCACUGAAGGCAUUAGAUGGGUUUCAAGCACUUACUACUCCUUUGGCGCCAACUUAGCUACAGAAGGUGAAUACGGCAAGGCCAUCGUUCCGUUGGAAAAAUCUUGUGCUAUUCUCGAACAGGAUCAAAUUCGAGCAAAAACGCAUUCGGAACAAUGGAGCAUGCAACUUUGCAAGCGAUACGAACUACUUGGUGCUUCUCACCUCAAAAUAUUCAACCAGCGGAAAGCAAUAGCUGCCUUACAGAAUGCCCUUCGCCAUCUUCCUAAAGCUACCAUCAACGAAUUUGUUCGCCACUGUGCUUCAGUAUCUCUUACCCUCAUCGUUGAAAAACAUCCUGUUAUCCCAAAACUAAUUGAAAGGUACCUUCGGGCAGCAGUGAUAGACGCUCCCGACGAUGAAGUUGCGCUUGCUACCGAGAUCAUGGACCUUCAGCACCUUAGCCGUGGUCAACAAGCCAUCCUCAAAGAAUGCGAACUUCAAGUUAUGAAUAUCAUGUCCCUUCGCACCAACGUUGCUAUGUUUCAAUUGAAGUUAAUUGAUCAACUACUGGAUGCCUACGAACCGACCUUGUACCCCAUUAGAAGGUCAAGGAUUCUGAUCGAAAAGUGCCGACUACUGGCCACAAAAGGCAACACUCAGCUUGACUCCAAAGCGAACGGCAUGUCAGCUAUACAAGAAGCAUUGGACUUGUUAAAAGGGGACCUUUUUGUGAAAGAUUCAGAGCUACUGGACUAUCGACGGUUCUAUCUGUCAAUGUGUUACUCUUGGAAAGGUGUCUGCAAUCAACAUGACGUGCCAGUUGCAACUGACUCAUUCGAAUUGGCUUUGAGGUGCUGGGGAACGAUAUUCAAGCCGAUACCUUUGCUUGGAGAAGAUAUUCCAUUGGAUGAUGAAGGGAAGGUGGCUAUCUACAGACAAGUUGACGGAGUUGAUCGACUAUAUGGUCAUCUUCGCAUGCUCUCAGAUCUAUUUUCUGUAAAUCGUCGACAAAUUCAAAGGCUAGCUGUAUUACGACUGUUGCUUCAACUGAAUAACGGACUUCGAGGCUCGGAAUCGGAACACAUCAGUGAUGGCGUCAUGCUCUGUACAGAAGUAAGCAUCGCAUACAUGGAGUUGGGCUACACUGGUAAAGCGGCCAUAGAGUUUGAGAGAGCAGCGCGUAUACUGAAGACCGGUAGAUGCGACAUUGAAGCAAGGCUCAAUUACAUGUUAGUGUAUGCACAGUAUCUUGCCAUUACUGGCGACAUUGAGCGAAGUACUGAGAUAUACCAGCAAGCCAAAGAGCAAGGAGAUAAAGCCUCAUUUCUGCGCAAUACGAGCAAGUUCAAGUCUGCUCAGCACAAGCUAUCAAGAUCAAUACUACUGGCCAAUGCCUCAUUUACCCGAUCUUAUAUUUCGAUGGAGUUAGCUUCUGUUGACGAUGCAGUGAAGGAUGCCACAAAUUCAUUGAGGAAACUUAGUCAAAUAUCUUCAUCUCUGUUUCGAAAAUCUGCAAGUCGAUCGUCUGAACAACCAGAUCAAAUGGGUAAUCCAUUUAACUCCAGUACCAAACAAUAUGAGGCCAAUGUGACAGAGGAGCAGCAACAUAAUGGCAUUGUCCAGACAGUCACCGAUAUUGCACUACAAGAUGCUCACUGGGGUAUGGCACAAAAAAUGAGCAACUGCUUUACGAGACUUGGAGUAUUGCACAGUGCAAGAGGCUCAUGGCGUGAAGCAGAGUAUUUUCUGAAGCAGGGUCUGAAGCUAUCCGAACAACUUGGCUCCAACGUGGCAUCUUCAACAUACCUAGUUUAUCUUGCAGAUCUUUAUUGGAAGAUCGACAAGUACGAAGACAGUCAAAACAAUCUCGAGAAGGCUUUGGAACUUCAAUCUAUGGGUCUGCCAUUUCCAAAAGAUCAGGCAGAUCUGAAGAUCAUUGUAGGGGAUGUGGAUGGAAGUCAAGGUUAUAAUGAUGCAGCCAUGGAAUCGUACCAAGAUGCUGACAAUAUCCUUGCAAACCUUAUGGAGCGCGCAUUUAUAUCAGGUCUCGAGCAGUCUUUGGCCAGAAUCAACGAAGGCACUCCCCGAACAAUCAGAUUUUUAAAAGAGUUGAAGGAACCACGCAUCAGUCACUUUAGUACCGAAUCCGAAUACGAUUGUAUCCUUUUACAUAGCAAUCAUGCGAAUGUAAUUAUCCGGGAAGCUUUAUUGAUUGCCACGUCAGGAGAUAUCAAAUCAGCGUAUGCUAAGCUAGAAAGUUUAGAAUCUACCAUGCCAUUGUUUUCUAACGAGGCAAGCAAGUUAAACACGGCAGUCAGUAAGCUGAAACUGCAUCAGACCUUGGCUGAAAUACGAGAUCAUAAGAUUGGACAGCACUUGAGUAAAAAUGCAAUGUCGUUGCCAUUGCUGAAGUCUAGUUCUUCUAGAAUGCCUAUCCGAAGGCCAACAAGUGCUCUUAACCUCAAGCUCUCACGAGAAAAUGUAAAACAGGCGAUUGAACGGUUGAUGGAGGCAUUGUCUUCGGGUGUCGACAAGUUGGAAUUACAGUUGGUCAACAAUAUCUGUCUUAAUAUGGCCGCAUCACUCUUCUUAAAGAGCCUUCUGUCAACAAACGGCAUGCUAACCAACGAAACAGCCACGUUGAGUGUCUAUUAUCUUGAAUUAUCGAAAGGUGUUUCGUUUAGACGAGAAAUGCAAACAUGCCUCAGUCAAAAGUUACGAAAAUCCAUAGCAUUUGAUAAUGAAGAGAAGUGGCCACCGGCAAUAUAUACCGACGGCAAUAUUGAUGGUGAAGACGAAGAGAUGGUGGAUCAUUGGCAUCAUGCCCAUCUAGAGCAGCUCCGUGACCUGUACAAAGAAGAGCAUGAACUUGACGAAAACGGCUUCCAAACCAAAUUCAUUAAUAUCUUACCUCCAAAUUGGACUGUUUGCUCUCUUACCUUAGAUCCUGCGCAAGGGGAUUUAUAUAUUUCACGAAUGCAAGCCAAUACAACGCCAUUGCUCCUCAAAUUACCAUUACAACGAUUCGCUCAACGAAAUGGCGAAGGUGAAGAUAUGAGCUACCAGGCGGUUACAGAAGAGUUCAACAAAAUCAUUUCUGAAAGUAAUGCAACCAUGCAUAGUGGAAAGACGUUUGAAAACAAGACAGAUGUUGAAAAGUGGUGGAAAACUAGACAUGAGCUUGAUGAGAGGUUGAAGCAUCUCAUGGAAAAGGUCGAUGAUAACUGGCUGGGUGGAUUCAAGGGCAUUUUGGCAGAGGAAUGCAAAGUGGUCGAAUCCAUACUUAAAAAGUUUCAAAGCUUCUUGAGUGAGCUUAUCUGUAAAGCUGCAAAUGGCCGCUCAGCUAGGCCGGCUAUUUCCAUGGUACACAAACCCAAACUGCUUGAAAUCAGUUUGGAUAUCUGCAAAAUGAUUUUACGGAUCGGCCAGAAAGCUACACAUAAAGACAUAGAAGAUAUUGCUUAUUACCUGUUGUCUUUGUAUGAGAUCAAUGACACCGACGUAAACUAUGACGAAGUUGAUAUUGGCCAGCUCAAGGAUGAUAUCAGUUCAGGAAUUCGGCACUACCAUGAUGCGGUAAAAAAAGUGGAUCAACAAGAUUUCCCUGGCAAUUCUCAAAAUCACACUAUCCUCAUAUUGGACAAAUACACGCAGCUAUUACCGAUUGAGUGCCUUUCCGGGCUGAAGGGCCGCUCAGUCUCACGCUUGCCUUGCCUAUCGUUUCUACGAGAUAGGAUAUUGUAUGCUCGCUCAAUGCAUCAGAUAAACGACCCAUUAUCAACCGAUACUGCAUCUGAAUGGAGUGACAUCGUGUUAGAUGGUAACAGUGCCUUCUAUGUUCUUAAUCCCUCUGGUGACCUCAAAAAGACCCAGGCAGAGUUCCAAUCGGCAUUACAAAACCGCACAGAAUGGCAAGGAACCGUGGGACAGCCGCCUAUGGAGCAACAAAUCCAAAAUGCACUGAAACAAAAAGAUAUAUACAUCUACUUUGGCCACAGUGGAGGCGAAGCCUUCAUCCGCGGACAUGUAGUUCGGCAAGUCAAGCAUUGUGCUGUUUCUUUGCUGAUGGGUUGCAGUAGCGGGUUGAUGAAACCAGUCGGCCAGUAUGAUCCGUACGGGAAUGUCAUCAACUAUCUUCUUGCAGGGUGUCCAGCUGUCGUCGCUAACUUGUGGGAUGUUACUGACAAGAGCAUAGAUCGAUUCACGAAAUCCAUGAUGAUUCGGUGGGGAUUGUUGGCACCACCAGGAAAUCAAGAUGCUUCACAAUUCAAGGGAUCUUCGCUGACGGAAGCAGUUGCGCAUGCUCGUUUCGACUGCCCUAUGCAAUAUCUCAUUGGCGCUGCUCCAGUCGUUUACGGCAUCCCUGUAUAUCUCCAAUAACAUGUAAUUUUUCUCACUCAAAACAAUGAACAUUUGUAAUAUAGUCUUUGUACUUUUUUUAUGCAUUUAAUACGAAUCGAUUGGUCUAUUAAUGAUGAUCGGGAUACUGUUGACGUACACAAGCAGUAACAAG